AAUCGCAUUUAUAAUUUGUUCGAAACGAGCUCAUGCUUUGCAAUUAACUUUCUGUAGAUCCACAUACUGUUAGCAGGUAUGCUUUUACAUCAUAUUACAGAAGUAAUCAAGAUCGAAAAAUCCAAAACGCUAGUUCGCAAUAUUCUAUUUCUUUUAGUAAAUAUUUUCUGUUUUCAUUUAGUUCAAGAGGUUCCAUAAAUAAAUUCUUUUGUUAUCGUUAUGCAACAUUUCAAUGUAGAUAUGAUCUUAACAUCACAAUGUUCUGCAAAGAUACCACAGAUGUAUGUCUGACUUAUUGGUUAGUUAUCUCCAUCAUAUUUUUUUAAUCAGUUGAGGUGACUUUUUGAGCACUUUUCAACGACUAAAGUUUUUUCUGUCGUCCAUUAUCAGAGAAAUUUUCAAAACUAUGAUCCAUCCAGUGUUAGUAGCUGAAAGUCAACAUUAUUGUUACAUCUAUUCAAACCACUUGAAAUCUGGGAGUUAAACGUCAUAUUUCUCACUCUUUCCAAGGUUUUUUUUUAACCCACAUCGAUUACACUUUUGUAAUUGAUAAACUCCUCGAACUUCAUAGUUUUGAAUUUUUGAUGGUCCCUAUAAUGAUGCCAUAGCUUCUAAAGGAUUUUUAUGAAUGUGUACUUAAUUGUCCUAUAAAGCGUGGAUUUGAUAAAUAUUUCUUCUACAUUGGACUUCGUUUUACAAAAGUACUAAAAUAUAUUUUUUUGAUACAUCUGUAUUGAAUAUGUCAUUUUUGUCACAGAUCAAACCGUAUUCGCUGUUUUUUCUUUCCAAGGUUUGAAAGCAGAAAUUUACAAACACUAUGAAGAUAUAAAUUAUUUGAACCAUCUAAUCCGUUUUCCUACGUGUAAAUAUUUCGCUUUAUUUGAAAGGUUUUUAAAUUUAAAACUUUAUAUUUUAUUCUGAAUCUAUGUGAUUUUCCGCUUUCGAUGAUUAUCGGUUCUAAGAACUUGAAGCAACAAUAUUGAUCUUCAGAUUUGUCGCAAUGAGAGUUGAUAUGUUGCAAAACCUUCCAGACCAAAUAUUGAACGUUCUAUAUAGAGUAACGAUUAUGAUGUUUUUAAACUUAAAAAAUAGGAAUCUGCAAGCCAAUGAGUGAUCAAACAACAGACUUAAUAUUUUCAGAUAAUAUACUGAAUACUGGUAUCCCGCCACUAAAAUGUUGAACACUAAACCAAUAACAUUUCGGUCUUUUUAGAAACUGCGGUGAACGAGCCUAUGACGCAAACGUUUUUCCACCACAUAUUCUUAUAUUCAACUUCACAGCAUAGGUUAUUUGAGCUCCUGAAAUUUCUUUAAGAUAACAAAGUAACAUCAACAAUGCUAAAAACUUAACUCUAGGUAAUGUCCAUUUUUUAGUGUUGUUAUUCAAUAAUAUGCCGUACUCUUGACUUUCAAAAACGGUCAAGACAAGCUUUAUAACCUAACGUCAAAUAUGAGGUCAGAUUAGUGCUACUAUAUAUACUUGGAUUAUCUAAAUAUUUCUGACCUCUUAGCUCAUCGUAUUAAAAAACAAAAGUGCGGAUUUAGACAUGGUUGAAUAAUAGAUUUCUAUUCUAUUAAGUAAUGAAAUUAUAUGUUUUAAGUUAGGACUGUUUCGUGACUUGUUGAACCUGUGAUGAUGAAAUUUCAUUUCUUUGAAAUUAAUAACAUUUUACCCGGUUUGUAAAGUAAUAUGCGUCCCAUGUCUUAUUUCUAUCCCUCCCGUUCAUGUCUUAGUCAAAAAGUGUCCCUACAAGCAUACUUUCUCCUAGAUAUUUAAAAAGAUCCAACCGUAUUUACAUCGCAAACAUAACGUAUCACCAAAUAAAUUAAUUUUAUUAAAACUUAUUAUUAAUAGGUGCUGGUGAUAAUUACCGAGCAGUGCACUGAAAGAAGGUAGACGUUUUGUAACGAAAAAACUAUAAUUUCAAACCCAAGUAGCAGUUCUUAUGUAGUUAUGAAAGAUUUUCGUCUUAAAGCAUUAACUUCUAGAUCAAUACGGUCUCGUACCUAAGGUACAGAGAGUAUAAAGUUUUUUCUGUAUCCUAUUGAUUAAAUGGCAGGUGCAUGAUAAGUACUUGUGAGCGAAAUAAUAAUUGUCGGAGUAAAAUUAAAAAACUGAUCUAAUGACAUGUUUUUAAAUAUCUAUGAUAUUCUAGAUUAUAGCUACUAAACAUUGCCGGCUGGAUGAGCCUUGACCAAAUUUAUCAUAAGAUAUUACUCAAGAUACAAUGUCGCUAGCUAACUGAAGGACUGAAAAUACGACAAACGAUUAUGUUUGUUUGGGAUUGAAAUUGAAACGUAGGUAAAAGAAAGAACAAAUAGACUUCUUUGCGUAGUUUUUAAUCUAUAAUAUCGAGAACCUGUACCUACGACCUGCGAUUUAUUUCACUUAAGAUAUAAAUGGUCAAGAGAGAUUUCUGAAAAUUCUGCCAUCUAAAAUUACUAUACGGAAAUGAAUAAUCUUAAUUUUAGCAUUUCUUGGUCCAUAUUAUUUGUCGUUGUAUUGAUAAUUAUCUUUCUAUAUCUUGUAUUUGCAACAUAAUAUUACAUCUUUUUGGUCCAAAAACCUCAAAUUAUUUAGAUAAUAUAUACGUAGAUGCGUCAUCAGGACGAUGCUAUCAGUUUUUGACCAGUUCUAGUUUUUGAAAAUAGAUAUGACCAUUUACGUCUCAGAUCAGUGUUUGGUUUUAUUGAGAAUAAAUGACGAUUCAUUAAAUUCUAUUUUAUUUGAUUUCAGUUUUCCUAAACGUUUUGCGUUGGAGCUGAAUAUUAUCUACCACUCAUGCAUGUGGAGAGAUUAAGACCCCAAAUAUUUCGUGAUUAUUAUGAUGUUGGAACGUCUUGUGAUGGUUUUAGUCCAGGAAGUUCUUCUGAAUAUGAUAAAAGUCUGGCUACUUCUCGUGUUUAUGAAAGAACACGGAUAUAUACAUUAGCAGCGGAGAGGCAAACAGUCCAAAAAAAGACAUUUACAAAGUGGGCGAAUACAUUUCUGAGGAGGGUAGGGAUUGAAAUAUAUGAUCUCUUUUUGGAUUUACGUGACGGAAAAAUUUUAUUACAGCUAUUAGAAAUACUUUCUGGAAUUAAAAUGCCUAGUCCUACCUUAGGGAGAAUGAGGAUUCAUUGUUUGGAAAACAUUGACAAAUCUCUCUUCUUUUUAAGCAAUUUUGGAGUUCAUUUAGAAAAUAUUGGGGCACAUGACAUUGUUGAUGGAAAUGCAAGGAUUACGCUUGGGUUAUUAUGGAUGAUUAUUCUUCGUUUUCAAAUCCAAGAUAUCAUAUUUUUGGAGAAAGUCGAUCCUUUAGGAAUCAAAAGUGAUGUGCAACGAUAUUCAAAGGAGGCUUUAUUAUUAUGGUGUCAGCUCAAAACUUCAGGUUAUCGAAACGUUGACGUGCAAAAUUUUACAACUAGUUGGCGUGAUGGCUUGGCUUUCAAUGCUCUUAUCCACAGGCAUCGUCCAGAUCUGGUCAAUUUUGACGAAUUGUCAGUGAACACACCACUGCAAAAUUUGGAGUCUGCCUUUAUAGUUGCCGAAAAAAAGUUGGGCAUAUCUAGACUCUUCGAUCCUGAAGACAUAUAUGUCCAACAGCCAGAUGAAAAAUCUAUUGUUACUUAUGUCGCUACAUAUUAUCAUUACUUUUCAAAAAUGAAAUCGGAAACUGUUCGUGCUCGUCGUUUGGAAAAAUUUAUAACUUACUGGCGUGACCUCCAGAAUUCUUUCGAUUGGUACGAAAGACGCGCAUCAGAUCUUUUGUCAUGGAUUGCCAAAACAGUGCUGUGGCUGAAUGAUCGUCGUUUUCCCAAUCAAGUUGAAGAAAUUCAACAGAUUAUGGUCUCAUUUAAAGAAUAUCGUCUUCAAGAAAAGUCAGACAAGUUCAAUGAAAAAGGUGAACUUGAGGCUCAUUUUCUUUUAACACGUGCAAAAAUGAGAACACUAGGACUUAGAAAUUAUAUACCAUCCACAGAUGCACAAAUAUCUCAACUCAAUCGUGCAUGGAAUGCCUUAGAGAAAGCUGAGUAUGGACGUGAAAUAGCUUUGAGAGAAGUGCUGGACAAGCAAAAACGUCUACUGCAUUUGUUUUCACGCUACGAAAAAAAAGCGAAUUUGAGAAAGGCUUGGAUUAGUGAUAAUUUCAAAUUGGUUGAGGUAUGUGAUGAUGAUAGGAAUUUAGCGAUGACUGAAGCGUCGUUAAAAAAGUAUGAAGCUCUAAAAGCUGAUAUUUAUGCAUAUUUUGACAGAAUACAGACAAUUCAACAAAUUGCUGAUGAACUCAUUGGUAAUGAUUUUUUUAAGCGAGAUAUUGUUUUAAAAGUUCAAAAAGAAAUCCAACAUAUGUGGGAUCGACUCUUAAAAGUAAUGAAUGAAAGAUACAAAAUUCUUGAAAAUAGAAAAAACCUGUUUAAAAAGUUUUCAGAAACAGAUUACCUCAUGGGAUCUAUAAAGUCGCUUUUAUCUAAAUUACGAAUCGAUGAAUUUAAUAAUCACUUAGCUGCUAUUGAAGAACGUUUAAAACAAUACGAAUUAAUAGAAACAGAUAUACGUUCAAUUCAUCGAAAUAUAUCAAUCCUAUUUGAAUUAGAAUCUCAAAUUGAUCACUCUCCAGAGUUGUUUGGUUUUAAAACUAAUACUGUAGCAAUUGAAAUAAAAAAGCAAAAUAAUCUGUUAAAAGAUGCCUAUUCACAACUUGUACAACUGAUUGAAUCUAAGCGACGGUCUAUAGAAUUUCUGAAACUUUAUCACAGUUCAGAAUAUGAGUUAGAUGAACAAUUAAUUUCAAUACAAGAACGUAUAUCAUUUUUGCAGAAAAGUGAAACAUUUGUUGACAAUGGUAAUACUGAUGUUUUCUCCCGGCGACAUAAAGCGGCUGAAUCUGAAUUAGAAACACAAAGAUUGAUUAUCACUCGACUAUUUGAACGAACGUCCAGUUUGGUUGAAGAAGAAUGUCCAAAUUAUGAAAAUUUAAAGGAAAAAGUGACAAAGGUUGAAAGAGCGUGGGAACAGCUCAUAAAUCUAAUGGCUAAACGUAAAACUAAUUUAUUAUUUAUGAAAGAUUUACGUUCUUUUAUGUUAAGUUGUGAUGAUGCAGAUGCAUGGAUAUCGGAAAAAUAUGAACUAAGUUCCGGUGCAAUGCGUGUUGCUACGCAAACUGACAGUAUUUAUACCAUAGAAAAAUUAACGAAACAACAUCAGGAAACUAUUUCCAGUUUGAAUAACUUCCAGACCACUAUUGAUCAAAUGAAGCUUCAAGCAGACGAGUUAUUAGGAUAUAUAGAUUGUUUGUAUACUGUAGGUGAUAAAGAUGUUAAAUCAAUAGGACCGAUUUCGGAGGCUACCAUAAAAUCUAAGAAUGAGGUUGGAAAUUUAAUAAAGAAUAGAAUGAAAGGUCUCUUAGAUUCGUUUUCUGUUCUUAGUGGAUGCAUUCGUCAGACACAGUUACUACUUUUAGAUGCUGUAUCAGUUCAUCAGUUGUUUCAAAUGGCUUCAUCGACGUAUAACUGGAUUACUGAGAAGGAAGUUUAUAUCCAGCUGUUAAUAAUGGACGACCUACAAGAAGAGGAGUUUUCUAAGAUUAUAGAAGGUGACGUCAGUGCUAACCAAGGAUUAAUUCAAAGAUUAGAAAUUGUUAAAAAUAGAUUCUCUGACCUAGAGGAACAGAUGAGUACAGCAGCUGAGCAAGUAUCUACUGUAAACAUGAUGAUAACUAGGUUUUUAAAUGAACCAAAAAGAGAUGAUCAAUCAUUAGUUAAUAAAGAAAUGACAAUUGAGAAAGUUAUCAAUGUUCAAGAUCACCUAAACUCGGCUUGGAAUAGAAUUGCUGAUACAGUUGAGUCGCACAGAGACCGAAUAAUUGAAGAAUCAUUUUAUGUUAAUUUAUUCAUUGAAUGUAAAUAUACAUCUGAAUGGAUUACAGAAAAAGAAGCAGUUUUAUUUUCAACAGAUUCCAUUGAUGCUAAUAGUUUGACUGGUUUGGUAGAAUUAAGAAGACGUUUAUUUAAUUUACAAGGAGAUUUAAAAGCAAUUGAAGCACGAGUUGAAAAUAUUGGUGAACGUAUAGGAGAAUUACUUGGUAUGACGGAACAACAAGAAAUUGCAUACGAUGAACAAGAUAUAAAAUUAAAGUCUAAACGAAGAGCGGAUUAUUUAAUGAAAGAACAUAUGAAACUUACACAACAGUGGCUUAAUUUAAAAGAAGCACUUAAACAAAGAGUUAAUCGAAUAUCUACUGAAGGUCAAGUGAGUCGCUUUCUUGAGAAACUUGAUUCAUUUCAAGAUUGGAUGAGAAAAUUAAAAACUGAUGUGUUUGUUCGUGAAUUUCCAAGUGAUUUACAGGAAACUGAAAAUCGUUUAACAGUUAUAGAACAAAGUGCUCAAGAAAUCAAAGAUUAUGAAAAUGAAGCAAAUAAACUAUUUGAUACUGGGAGGCAACUGCUCAAAGGUUACUAUGACACACCACAUAUUAUGCUGGGGCAGCGGUUAGCUGGACUUGAAGAUGAUUGGAAAUCGAUUCAAAGUUCAAUGGUCAAUUGUACUACUCGACUUCAAGAACGUUAUGCUUUGCAGUGCUUUUUGGCUGAAUCUGCAUUACUUGAAGUGACUUUGGAUCAACAGGCUACAUUUUUGGAUAAAGAAAAUGUAUUAACAAACCUAGAUGCUGUUCGUGAUAUUCAAAAACAAUAUGAAACAUUUCGAUUUUCUUUAUUGGCUUGUAAAGAUCGGGUUGAUGCCGCUUUAGAAUUAGGUAGAAAUAUAGCAGAAAAAAAUCCAACAAAUCGUGAUCGUGCAUUAGCUAAAUGUGAAUUAUUUCAACGAAAAUAUGAAGCCAACAAAAUUAAAACAGAAGAACGAAUUGAAUAUUUACAAGAAAAGGCACAACUUUAUGAAUUUUAUGAAGAACUGGAAGAUUUCGAAGAUUGGAUUUUAGAUAAAACGAAUUGUUUAAUGGAAAUUCAGUUAGCAAUCAAACAACGAUCACAUUUAUCCUUUAGUCGGAUUAAAGCAUUUGAAGAAGAAAUUGAAAUGAAUCGAAAUCGUGGUGAUCAUUUUAUUGAGGUCGGUCGUAAACUUACAGAAGUUUAUCCACAUCUUGAAAAUGAUGUAAAAAAUCGUUUGGAACGUUUGCAUACACGUUGGGAAGAACUAGUUGACUUAGUUAGGUAUAUCGUUAAUGUAAUCAGUCAAGAUAAUCGAGAAAAGUUAAUGAAAGAGGCAAUUCAUAAAACUGCUACAUGGCUUAAUUUAAUGAAUGUUCAAUUAGAGAAACCAGAUAGUAAAUUACCAGUUGAUCAAGUUGAUAUGACAACAUUACAAACACAAAUAAAAGAACAUAAUAAACAUAUUAAAGAUUAUAUGGAUCGAAAAGCUGUUAUAAAUGUUUUAAAGAGUCAAGUCGGUGAUCCUAAUUUUAGUGAAAGUAAAGAAUUUGCACCGAUUGUCAAUGAUCUUGAGCGUAAACUUUUAGCGUUAGACGAACCACUCAAUCAAAAAUUAAUGAAUUUACAACAUAUGGAAACAUCCACUCAACGUAUUGUAGAAUUGACUGUAGAAGGUGCAUGGAUCAGAGAAAAAUCACAACAAGUUGAAAAUUUAUCUAAAACACUAGAACUUGAUCCACAAAAUGCUUAUCAAAUUGGUCAAAGAUUAAUGGUUAUACAUAGAUUGGAAAGACAACUUAAAAGUCAUAUUCUUGAAGCUAAUAAUCGUAGACCUAGGGUUAUAGCUUUAUGUAAAGACAUUGAAAAUGAAUAUUGCAUAGAAGAAGCAAAAACCACCGAUAAAAUACAACAACAACGAUUUCAACGUCUUACACGAGAACUUUUAGAAUUAUGGAAUAAAUUAGAUAGAAAUUUAACUUGUCUACUUGGGCGAAUAACAAUGUCUGAAUCAGUUUAUCAAUUUUUAUUAGAUGCUAGUGAAUUGGAAUCAUGGAUAUCUGAAGAAGAUUUUUAUUUACAUGGAAUAGAAAUACCAAAGAAUGAGCAAAGUGCAUUAAAUAAUUUGAAAAAGCAUCAAAUUCGAUCACAAACAAUUGAACAAUGGCAUGAACGUGUUAAAAAUCACAAUGAACAAGGUCAAAUACUUUGUCAACAAUUAAAGAUUCAACAAACAAAAUAUCCUGAUACAAAUAUUUUACAAGAAUCACAAUUUUACUUGAAAUUAAUUCCAACAUGUUUGAAUCGUAUUAGUCAUUCAUAUAAAAAUCUUCAAGGUAUUGUCAAUAAUGUAGCUGCAAUGUUAGAGGCAAAUGCUAUUAAAUAUAGUUUAACUCGGGAAGCUGAUGAAUUGGAGACAUGGAUUAAUAAACGUGUUGCACUGGCUACUAAUAAUGACCUUGGUGUUGAUUUAGAUCACUGUUGUAAUUUACGAGAUAAAUUCAUGAUAUUCAAUAAAGAAACUGUACAAACAGGUUCACAACUUGUCUCAGAUUUAUCAACUAAAUGUGUGCGUUUAAUUGCAUUAGGCAAAUCAGAUUCCGUGAUAAUUGCAUCAAUUAAAGAUAAUAUCAAUGAAAUUUGGGCUGAAUUAUUGGAAUUAAUCGAAACGAGAAAACAAUUAUUAAAAGCUGCCUUGAAUAUGCAUCGAUUUGUUAAUGAUUGUAGAGAUUUCGAAGAAAGAAUUUGUUAUCGUCUUGAUAAUCUACCUGAAGCACCAUCUGAUUCUUUAGCAUCUGGACGAAAACAAGGUUUACCUGGUUUACAACGUAGUCAUAAUUUAUUGGAACAAGAAGUUUUAUGUUUUGGUGAUCAAUUGAAACAAUUGGAUUUAACAGCUAAACGAUUACUACCACGUUAUGCUGGUAUACAAGCGGAACAAUUACAAGCACAUCAUGAACGCGUGCAAACAAUAUGGAAACGUUUAUUAAAAGUUAUUGAGAUAAGACGUGAUCUAUUAAAAGAAGCUAGUCGAUUAUAUGACUUUCUAGUCAAUGCUCGUGAAUUAAUUUCAUGGUUAGAACAUGCCAAAGAUAUAAUGGAACAUAAAGAAAGACCAAGAGAUAUUUCUGGUGUUGAAUAUUUAAUUGAAGAUCAUAAACAAUUACGGGUGGAAUUAGAAUCACGUAAUCAACGAAUUGAAGAUUGCUUAAAUCUUGGUCGGAUAUUAUUAGCUGAAUUUGCAGCUCAUGAAGAGAAAUCAACGGUACGAACUAUGAAACCAAGUUUAAUAGCUACACGAACCGAAGUUCGCGAGAGAUGUGUACAAUUAGCAACUGGGCGUAUUUUAUUAAAUGAAUUAUGGCGUGAACGUUGGGAUCGUUUACAUUUAUUAUUGGAAAUACGUCAAUUCGCGCGUGAUGCGAAUAGUGCAGAAAUAUGGUUAAUGGGUAAAGAGUUACAAUUAGAAUCAGCACGUCGUCAAUUGGGUGAAACAUUGGCUGAAACAUUAUCUUUGCUUGGUGCUCAUUACGCAUUCCAGCAAACAUUAGCAACAGCAGACGAGAGAUUUAAUGCAUUAAAAAGACUAACUACACUUGAACUAAGAUCAAUGCAAUGGGAUCCACAAGAAGUCAUUAUGAGAGAGAAUGAACAAAGAAACAAAGUCCGUAACGCUGUCAAAGAAUUUCUUCCCGCUUAUGUCGGACAAACUGAGACUUUGAGAAAAUCAACUUCUGUCUUACCAUCACAUACAGUUGGUGUUUCUUCAGCAAAAGUUCCAUUGGUAUCUACUGCUUACAUUCAACAACCCCCUGUUAAACCUCUUAGGAAACCAAUUGAAGUAACUGAAACACCAGUUGUACAACCAAAACCUCGAACAAAACUCCCGUCAGCAUCUGAUGGUAUGGUGGCAGCAGUUAAGACAACAUCACCUCCCAAAACUGUGGAGUCGUACAAGAGUCCUGAAAAGAAAAUUGAACGUCAUGAAACUAUAAUGUCUCCGAAACCAGUCAGACGAUCACAUUCUAGACAGACACCAGAGUCAUCAGUCGUGAUAACCAAGGAAGAAAGUUUACCUAGCAGCGAUAAAUCAGAACCCAUUAGUCAGAAAUCUGAAGGUUUGUCGGAGAAAAUUCCAAUUCAAACUGAAAAACCUUCAAAUAAUCGUCAUCUCGAAGAAGUUAGUGAUGGAAAUAACAACACUCGUUCACUAGAAACUGUAGAUCAACCACAUGGACACCAGCACAAACCUAUUACCCGGAGCCGUUCACUAAGAGUUAGAUCUUCUCAAUCUGACUUACCAACGACUGAAUCACCUACUUCAACAACUAAGUUGAAAUUUUUUGAAAGUGCUGAACAAGAGCCAACUAGGUUAUCACAAGAACCUGAAACAUCGAAAAGUGAACAACCAGUUCUACCAAAGCUAGAGGGUCCGGUUAUACGAAAGCACGAUUUGGAUUCUGGGGGCUCUUUACAUUCAAAAAGUCAAGGUCGGAGCUGGUUACCUCUUUAUCUGGUUCUCGAUUCAGGUCAACUAUUCGUUUACAAAGAUCAACAAAGUCGUCGAGAAAAACCAAACGUAUACUAUCAUGAUACAUCACCAUUAAGCUUACUGUCAUCAAGAGCUGCCCCUGCUAUAGAUUACACAAAACGACCAUGUGUAUUUCGAUUACGUCUUGGAGACGGUAGUGAAUAUCUAUUUCAAACUGCAAACGAUAAUGUUCUUAACCGUUGGGUUACAGCCAUCAAUGAAUCAGCUAAGUGCUUAGUUUCUGAAUUCAGCAAACAUCAAACUGGACAUACUUUAACCCUUCCUGUGGGAACUCAUUCUAGAAGUUUUCAAAGUAAUGGUCAUCGUCGUUCUAUCAGGAACUUUUUCUCUUUACGUCGUAAAUCAUAGUAUGAGUAUUUUUUUGCUAUAUUCCGAAUAAUAUCAUAACAUAUCAUUAGAUACUUCAAAUAACUAUUCUUUUCUUCAUCAAACAAUGCAUAAUCAUGAAUUUGUUUUUUAUUUAUAUUUUUUUCGGGAAAUUUUCGUAAUUUUUUUUCAAAAGAAAGGAAUUUUAUCCUCAAUAAUGUACUAAACACUUGACUGAUUACUUGGACUAAAUGUGACAAUAAUCCAUAAGCAGCAAUACGAUUUCAGUGUUGUUGUUUGUUUAAUGAUAGUAAAGUUAAUUCAUCUUUCUUUUUUUUCGUUCUUUUCAUGCAUAAUAAUACUAAAAAUAGUAUUUUAUGAGAUUUUGUUUUGUAAACUUUAGGACAAUCUAACAUCAGUUACAAGAUUUCUUCUCAGUUUUUAAUUGAUGAACAAUGGAAAAUACUGAAAUAAUCGACUAUAUACCACAAAAUAAAUGAUCUUUCGAAGAAUUUCACUACAGUUCAUCAGUCUUGUAUAAACAUAUCUAAUAUUUCCUCUUUCGAAAAUUGGUUUGAUUCUAUCUAUGCUUUCAAUUUGUUUAUGAUAUUAUAAUAAUAUUCAUCGUGAUGUGCAUUUGAUGCUUUAAUGUUUAUUAUUUUAUUCGUUAAUAUAAUAAUUUAUAAAUGAAUUUUAGUUCGUAGAUUAGUAAAACUAAGUUUAUUUCGCUGAUUUUUUUUCUGUACAUGAUUUGUUUAUAUAUAUUCAGUGAAUUUUGUUUUUCUGGUUAAAAUGAAUAAAAACACGUGAAGAACAACUUUCUUUAUCACUU